AUUGGCUAGACGCGGCAGCCAAUAGCAGGCUAGGAAGAGUCGGUUCGAACGUGAAGCGCGCCCAGAGCAGUCCGCGGGAAGAUGGCCGCCAAGCACAUCUACUACUCCGACAAGUACGACGACGAGAGCUUCGAGUACCGACACGUCAUGUUACCUAAGGACAUCGCCAAGAUGGUGCCGAAGACUCAUCUCAUGUCCGAGACCGAAUGGCGGAACCUGGGGGUGCAGCAGAGCCAGGGCUGGGUGCACUACAUGAUCCACGAGCCGGAGCCACACAUCCUGCUCUUUCGGCGCCCGCUGCCCAUAAAGAAGCUGUAGCCGCCUGUGCCCGCUCUGGAUCCUCGUCCCUCCAGCACCUUCUCCCGCAGCGCCGUCACUGUUCCUAUUUAUACAUUGUCUGUAUUUCUGUGAUGUCUGUAUAUCUGUGUUCUGGUCCGCCCUGUACUGUAAUAAACCGCUCUCUUUUA